GGUGAGCCCCCGCCCGCGCCCUGCCCGGGACGGCGGCGGGCGCUGCCAGCCCCGCUCCCCCGCACCCGGGGUCCGCAGGGUGCCUCGCCUCAACCCCUCACUUUUCACCGCGAACCCGUGACCCCCUCCUCCUUGCUUGCUCUCCGCCCCCACCCCGGCUAAGUGAAGCCGCCGCACUUUCCCAAGCCCGCAGGCGCCCCCCCCCAACACCAGCGCUGCACCCCCGACCCAUUCCCCGCGGCCCCCUCCAGAAGAAAAAAUGAAACCAGACUGGCCGAGGAGGGGGGCGGCAGGGACCAGGGUGCGGAGCAAAGGUGAGGGAGACGGGACUUACUUUGCGAGGCGCGGUGCAGGGCGCCGCCGACGAGAAAUAAAGGCCCCGAUACGGGCUGCCUGGAGUCCCCCGAGCGCAGCAAUGUCAGGGCUCCAGUCCGGGCGGCGUUGGCGGCCGCAGGGGACGGGGACGGGCGCGCGUGCGGCGGGCGCUCUCGCUGCGCUCCGGCUCGGGCCCCGGCUCCGCGCGGCUCCGCUCCUGGCUCCCCUCUGGCUCCUGGCACCAACUCCGGGCAGUCACAUGACGCCGGCGCCGCUCGCUCUGCGAGCCUCCCGGGGCUGGCGGGAGAAUAACUUGUCUGACUACCAGUAUUCUUGGAUGCAGAAGUGCUGAAGAUGAGCACACACACGUACGGAGAAUUUCUGGAGAAUUCAGCUGCUCAGAACAAGUUUCACUCUUGUUGCCCAGUCUGGAGUGCAACGGCGCGAUCUUGGCUUACUGCAACCACCUCCCAGGUUCAAAUGAUUCUCCUGCCUCAGCCUCCCGAGCAGCUGGGA